AUGUCGCCACCGCCGACAAAGAACACAUGUGAGGGCUGUGGACGCGACAUGACUACCAACAAUGCUGCAGAGACGAUCACAGCACAUCAUCAUAGACCCAUGAUUGACCUAGCGCCAGAGCUUGGCGAGUGGUGCGCCUCUGGUUUUCAGGGGAAACUCCUCAAAAGGUCUUUGCCUGCCCUUUGCAUUCCAACCGUCGCUCCUUCUUCCCCAACCUCUCCGACUAACCCGCCAGUUUCUUCUUCCCCUACCCUGCCUCUCGUUUCCCGUGAGGCCUCGUUGCGGAAGCCCACCAAUCCAAUCCGAGGGGAGAGCUGUGCUGCCCUGUUUUUUACAGUUCGCCCAGCUGCAGCAAGCGCCGAUUCGCCGCGCGUCUCCUCUGGCAACCACUCCAACUACGGCUGCGUCUGCACCAUCCGCUCUUUUGCAUCAAAACAACCACCCCAACACCAAUUCUACGGCAGGCACGAUCCGGUGACUCUUGUCCCACCUCGACACGGUCGCUCCCGGGGUAAACACACCACGCCCGUUUCACACUGCCCGCCAAUUGCCUCCCUCGCUCCCGCGUCAACACUCGUUCACCACCACACCCGCACGCCUGCCACCGCAGCAAUUACCUCUACAUCCAUCUGCGGCUGCUCCAAUACGAAUAAUUCAACUUUGUCGCGCCUAAUGCCCAUUGUUUGA